UUGAGAGUCUACUGGUAGUCUGCAGCAAUGGAGACGUCUGGAGAUACUCCGGAGGAUUCGUAUGCUCAAGUUGUCUAUAUCAUACCCAACACGUGACUUAGUGCCAAUGGUAACCAAUCACAAACCCUAACAGUUCACUCAAUCACACCAAGUCAUCAGGUUAAGUGUGCUUUAUUGCCCUGACCGACAUGCAUUCGCCACCACCGACUCCGAUCCAUCCGUCGAAAGAAAAGAUUUCGGCUUCUCGAAUGCGGUCUGACCCAUGGUUGGACAAUUGGUUCCCUUUGAGCCGUCCACUUUUUCUUUUUUCUCUCAAUCAUGUAGUUGUCGACGUCUCUAUCAGGCAAGGUUCGUUGGAAAAGUCUGAGUUUAGUAUGGUUGUCAUUGGACCACAGCAUUCCGGGCCGAGACGUCCGAACAUUUUCCUCGUGGAGCGAUACGGAAUACACUCGGUAUAUGUACUUGAGGGGAGAGCGUCUCAAUGUUUCGCAUCGAACAUUUCUCAACUGUAGAAAUUUGGAUGGGAACUGUCAAUUCUGAUUGCAAG